GGAAGCCGCAUCGUCAUCUAUUUCUAGAUUUUGAAUGAGAAAAACAAGAUUGAGCUGAAUUUCCAAUGUUAAAUCCAAGCAUGUUGUUAUACAUUUCCAAAACAAGAUGGUAUAUCCUACCGUUUUGUUGCCUACCGAAUACGACCAGUCGUCAUUCCCUCUUCCUCUCACGCUUCUUUCUUCCCUUCCGCGUCCCUGCCGCACCUCCUUCUUCCCUUUCUCCGUUUCUCGACCGCCACCAGCGAAAAAUUAUGAGAAAGAAACAAAAUUGUCGUCUUAUUGCUCCAUGGUUCUCUGGUCAAACCGCAAUCUGGAUUUAUAACUUCCGAGGCUUUUGAAUCCUAUUAGCUGGUUCGGAUCGAGAAGAAGAAGACGUCUUUCUUCAGGUUUUCUUUGAGAGAAAUAUCGAAAUCGUUGCUUGGAUUUGGAGGUUGGAAGAUAAAGUAUUGCUUUUCUAGCGCAUCUCUUGGACUUUGGUGAGGCCUUGAAGGCGCUGUUUCAUCGUUUGGGGGAAAAAGAUAAAAAAAGAUCCCUUUUUUUGGAGCCUUUUGUUGGAUUUUGGCGAGGUGUUUAGGGUUUAUUGGAGAGAGAUUUUGAUUGGGCUGCAUGGGUUUUUAGCUGAUUCCAGGACGGCAACCGAGGAGAUGAGAAGAGAACAAAGCGAGACUCGGUUGGAAGAUCGAAGCAAGGAAUGAUGAUGGGUUUCGGAAAGUAUGGAUUCGUUGUCGUUUGUUUCAUCUUGUUUCAUGUUCUGGUGUCAAGAGCUUCCGUGGGGAAGCAGAGGCUGUUCUUGGGUUUGAGAGAUUUUUCUUUGCUGCAGGCAUCUCCAGACACAAAUGAAGAUGCGAGAUGCUAUGACAACAGGUGGAACAGAUGUGGCUUACUUGUGGUAUAGAUAUUAAAGACAUAAAAGUAGUUGCAACAAGUUUUGAUCACUCCUUUACCGAAGGCAGCAUACUGGAAGCAAUAUCUCUUCUUCCUCCAGAAACCAAACACACCUUUCUAAAUUGUUUGAACAAGCAAAACUUCCCAUCACCAGUCUCCCAACAGGACAGUUUGAGAAAUCAGCAUGUCUUUUAUUUUGAGUCAUUAGGUUCGCAUCGUGCUUCAAGAAGGCAUUUGUCUGAUCAACCUUCUCCAAGCACACCACCUGCCUGGGUCCCAGCCCCAUCCUCUGUUUCUGCACCAUCAUCUGUUCCAGUUGUAUCUGCAGAGAAGCAAAACAAUAGAAAAAGAGUAGUAGUUAUUGUCAUUAUUCUAACAGCAGCAGGCACAUCUUUUCUUGCGGCAGGCAUCCUUAUUUGCCAUAAAAGGUGGCGUAGAAACAAUGGCUACUCACGAUACAGCCAAAAGGAUGAUAGGCCUCUUCCGAGUUUGAGUUUGGGUGACUUCUCUGGUAUUGGUUCUUCAAAAAAGUCUUCAGGCCAAGGAAACCCAAUUGACCCGAAUAAGUUUGGGGCUUUGCCUUUAAAACCUGACCUUAGCCAAAAUGAUUGCAUCUCAUUUUUACAUAGUGGCUCAGCCCAAACUUCACCAUCUGAGUCACUGAUUUCCAACUUUUCUUCUGAUACUUCCAAUGCACCAAACAAUACUCCACCAAAGCCACCACCUCCUCCACCAAUGCCUCCUGCUCCAAAGUCUGCUCCCUCCCCUCCUGUCCCACCACCUCCACCACCCAAUAAGAUGCCUGGUGCUCCCCCUCCACCACCUCCAAAAGCUGUUUUACCUCCUCGUCCACCAUUAGCGGGAUUACAUCAGCCACUGUCAGUUGGCCCAAAACCACCUUCUGCUCUGCCUCUCAGUGUGAGUGCUGACACUAACGCACCAAAAGCCAAGCUGAAGCCAUUCUUCUGGGAUAAAGUUUUUGCAAACCCUGAUCAGUCUAUGGUCUGGAAUCAAAUUAAAUCGGGUUCCUUCCAGUUUAAUGAAGAGAUGAUAGAAACUCUAUUUGGUUACAGCUCUGCUGAUAAAUAUAAUAGUGAAGACAAGAAGGAAUCAUUACUCAAAGAUCCUUCUCCUCAAUAUGUUCGAAUUCUUGAUCCAAAAAAGUCACAAAAUUUAGCAAUUUCAUUAAAGGUACUGAAUGUGAGAAUAGAAGAAGUCUGUGAUGCACUUAGAGAAGGAAAUGAGCUUCCUACAGAGUUGAUCCAAACAUUGCUAAAAAUGGCUCCUACUGCUGAUGAAGAGCUACGGCUCAGACGAUAUACUGGUGACCUUGCCCAACUUGGCCCUGCAGAACAGUUCAUAAAGGCACUGGUGGAUAUCCCUUUUGCUUAUGGACGGUUAGAUGCGUUGCUUUUAAUGGCUUCUCUACCUGAGGAAGCCUUGAGCACUAAGGAGUCAUUUGCAACAUUGGAGGCAGCCUGUACAGAGCUCAGAAAUAGUCGUCUAUUUUUAAAGCUAUUAGAAGCUGUUCUUAAAACUGGUAAUCGCAUGAAUGAUGGUACCUUCCGCGGUGGAGCACAAGCCUUCAAACUUGACACACUCCUGAAGCUGGCAGAUGUUAAAGGAACUGAUGGGAAGACAACAUUGUUACAUUUUGUUGUUCAAGAGAUUAUCCGAUCUGAAGGUGUGCGUGCUAUUCGUCUGGCCAGGGAGCAGAGUGGGAGCAUCUCCAGUGUGAAUUCAGAUGAAUUUACUGAUGAUACUUUCCAAGAAUCUGAAGAUCGUUACCUUAAACUUGGCCUUAAAGCUGUUUCAGGGUUAGGCGAUGAACUUGAGAAUGUCAAGAAGGCAGCAGGUUUGGAUGCCAAUGCUUUAACUAGUACGGUGGCAAGUCUUGGCCAUGGGCUGGUGAAGACAAAAGAGUUCCUGAAUACAAGCAUAAAAAGCAUGGAGGAAGAAAGUGGGUUUCACCACUCACUCAAGUGUUUUAUAGAGCAAGCUGAAGCUGAUGUCACUUUUUUGCUGGAGGAAGAAAAGAGAAUAAGAUUAUUGGUGAAGAGCACAGUCGAUUAUUUCCAUGGAAGUGCAGGGAAGGAUGAGGGAUUGCAUCUGUUUGUGAUUGUCCGAGACUUUAUUAGGAUGGUAGACAAGGCAUGCAAAGAAGUGAGAGAAUUACCAAAGAAAGUAACAAAAAAACCAAGUAGAGAACCAACAACAUCUUCACCUGUGCGAGAUCCACGACAGUUGCUUUUUCCAGCAAUAAGGGAGCGAUGGGUUGAUAGUUCUAGUUCUGAUGAUGAUGAGAGCUAAACUUUAGAUGGAGGAGGACUCCAAGAUGCACUGACAUAUGAUUUACUAGUUGGCAUGUGUUCCAUUUCGGCAUGGUAUUGCCUAUAAACUUGAACCGGUUUAGCUUCUCUGACCGAAACACAUGAACCAGAAGGCAGGGUAUUGGAAUCAUGAAGGAUCCCAUCUGGAUUGCUACAUGUGCCACGAGCGAGGUUGCACAUGCACAAUAGCUGGGAUUUAUUAUCUUGGAUUGGUCCUGCAUAAAGCCCACCUAAUCCACAGGAAAAUUAGAUUGAUUGAUUGAAUUGGUGAUCAUUCUUUUGCUUUUUUUAAGGAAUGGACAGAAGAAAUUAUGAGGAAAAUUUUGAUGCCUGAAUAUGGUUUCAGUUUUAGCUGUUAAUUUGUUUAGGGUAAACCAUAGUGUAAAUCUCUCUCUCUCCCUCUCUCUCCCCCUCCUCUCUCUCUCUCUGUCUUACUGUGUAUAAAUAAAAUUUUAUAGUGUUUUAGACACUGCACUACCUUCUAACCCACAAAGGAAAGAUAUUGGA